AUGAUUUGGGCGGACGUGCAAGAAGAUCCUGAAGCAACGAUGGUGCGAUUCUUGGCUGGUCUAAAUCGAGAUAUCGCCAAUGUGGUCGAAUUACAACACUACCUUGAAGUGGUUGACAUGGUCCAUAUGGCCAUCAAGGUAGAAAAACAACUCAAGCGAAAAGGCCCAAGCCGAGGAUUCUCCACUUCUAACACUUCAAAGUGGGGCCAAAGUUCGAGUAAAGACCUUCCAGCCUUUCGAGGAAAAGAAUCCACUGGCCCUCCGAAAACCAACAAACCGAAUACCGAAGUUAACAAAGGUAAGGCACCAAAAACAUCGCUCAAUCGAAAUCGGGACAUCAAAUGUUUCAAGUGUCUCGGAAGAGGACACAUAGGGGACGAAGAAGAGAAAGAAUUCGAAUCGACUUCUAAAGUCGAGGAGGACUUAGAACAACCCAUGGAAUUCGAAUUACUUGUUGUGAAGCGAAGUCUAAGUCUCCAAGGCACGGAAAAUGAUCUCCAACGAGAAAAUAUAUUUCAUACUCGUUGUCAAAUCGGAGGCAAAGUCUGUAGCGUCAUUAUCGACGGAGGCAGCUGUACCAAUGUAGCAAGUACCAUGAUGGUCGAAAAACUUGGUUUGCCUACUACCAAGCAUCCGAGCCCCUACAAACUUCAAUGGCUCAACGACGGCAGAGAACUUAAGGUAACAAAGCAAGUACUUGUCUCAUUCACCAUUGGUAAGUAUACGGACGAAGUACUUUGUGACGUUGUACCGAUGUAUGCGGGGCAUCUACUCCUUGGUCGCCUAUGGCAAUUUGACCGGCGAGUGCUACAUGACGGGUACACUAAUCGAUAUACCUUCAAGUUCAUGGGAAAGAACGAUUUCAAAGAUGUUUUCCCGGAAGAAGUCCCAAGUGGUCUCCCACCACUUCGUGGGAUCGAACAUCAAAUAGAUUUUAUGCUGGGGGUGCAAUGCCAAAUCGACCUGCCUACCGAGCCAAUCCGGAGGAAACUAAAGAAUUAUAACGGUUUUGUGGUUAGCGCGAAUGGUCUCGAGGUAGAUCAAGAGAAGAUUAAGGCCAUUCAAGAUUGGCCAAGACCUACGAGUCUCACUCAAGUUAGGAGUUUUCAUGGACUUGCGAAUUUUGCGAAGACUUUCGAGAUCGAGUGCGAUGCCUCAGGUGUUGGAAUCGAUGUUGUUUUGACACAAGAGGGCCGACCUAUGGCUUACUUUAGCGAGAAACUUAGCGGAGUCGUACUCAACUAUCCGGUGUACUACAAAGAGAUGUACGCACUCAUACAGGCACUUGAGACGUGGCAACAUUAUUUGUGGCCAAAGGAGUUUGUCAUACACUCCGAUCAUGAAUCCUUGAAGCAUAUCAAAGGCCAACAUAAAUUGAACCGCGGCCACGCGAAGUGGGUUGAAUAUCUCGAGUCGUUCCCAUAUGUCAUCAAGCACAAGAAAGGUAAAGAUAAUAUAGUGGCUGAUGCGCUCUCGAGAAGGUAUACCUUGUUAUCAUAUUUGGAUUCCAAAAUUCUAGGUUUUGCUUUAUUGAAAGAUUCUUAUGCUAAUGACUCUGAUUUUGGUAAGAUCUACGUUACUUGCGAAAACGGUGUUUUUGACACUUUUUAUAGAUACGAGGGCUUCCUUUUCAAGGAAGUGCAUGAGGCACAUAGUGGCGGGCUUAUGGGCCAUUUCGGAGUCAAUAAGACACUUGCCACUCUCCACAAGCACUUCUAUUGGCCACGGAUGCGAAAGGAUGUGGAGCGGGUUUGUGAGAGGUGUAUAGCAUGCUUAUUGUCUUUGCCUACUGAUCAGUUUGUUCAUGCAGAUGCUAAGAAAAAGGGGGAUUUUGUCAAAGAUUUACACCAAAAGGUGAGAGCAAAUAUCGAGGCUAGGACUGAGUCCUAUGUGCGAAAUACGAACAAAGGCCGAAAACGGAUGGUCUUUGAACCUGGAGAUUGGGUUUGGGUUCACUUGCGCAAGGAACGAUUUUCGGUCCAACGUAAAUAUAAGCUACUACCUCGCAGAGACAGACCUUUUCAAAUUCUUGAACGAAUAAACGAAAAUUCUUAUAAAGUUGAUAUGCCAGGUGACUAUAAUGUUAGCACUACUUUCAAUGUUUCAGAUUUAUCCCCUUUUGAUGCAGAUUUCGACUUGAGGACAAGUCAUUUUGAAGAGGGGGGAAUGAUGCGAGCGCACCCAACGGUUCAGCUAGUUCGAGUAAAGGUCAUCUGA